CAAGUCACGUCCCCGUCCCCGUCCCCGUCCCCGUCCCCGUCCCCUCUGGUCAUCUUCCUUCUCCCACACUCUUGACUCUCCUCCUCCAAACCCUCCGCAAGUCAACAACCUCUCCUCCUCCGACCUCCGCCUCUUUCAUCCUCCGACUAUGUCAACGGCCGCCGCAGACAGUCCUCUCUUAAACGACUUCUAUUUCCCGCCCUUCGACGCGAUCCAAGCCGAUCACGUUCGCCCCGGUAUCCGUGCCUUGCUGAAGAAUCUCGAGAGGGAACUAGUUGAGUUGGAGAGGACGGUGGAGCCUACUUGGCCGAAGCUGGUUGAACCGUUGGAGAAGAUCACUGAUCGGUUGGCGGUUGUCUGGGGGGCUGUUAAUCAUCUUAAGGCUGUUAAAGAUACUCCUGAACUCCGUUCCGCCAUUGAGGAAGUUCAGCCGGAGAAAGUUGAGUUUGAGCUUAAAUUGGGGCAAAGUAAACCCCUCUACAAUGCGUUUAAAGAUAUCAAAGAGUCUUCCAACUGGGAUGCACUGAGUGAAGCUCAGAAACGUAUAGUUGAAUCACAAAUAAAACAGGCGAUCCUUAAUGGCGUCUCUCUUGAAGAUGAUAAAAGAGAUCAAUUUAACAAAAUUGAACAGGAGUUGGCGAGACUAUCUCAAAAAUUUGAGGAGAAUGUUUUGGAUGCUACAAAGAAAUUUGAAAAAUUAAUUGUAGAUAAGCAAGAGGUUGAAGGACUGCCAGCGACUGCUCUAGGAAUGGCUGCACAAACAGCUUUAUCGAAGGGCCAUGAAAAUGCUACAGCUGAAAAUGGGCCGUGGUUGAUUACAUUGGAUGCUCCAAGUUUCAUGGCUGUGAUGCAACAUGCUCGAAACCGAGCUCUGCGUGAGGAAGUCUAUCGUGCUUAUGUAAGCCGUGCUUCUAGUGGAGAUCUAGACAAUACCUCAAUUAUUGACCAAAUUUUGAAGCUUAGGUUGGAAAAGGCUAAGCUUCUUGGCUACGAGAAUUAUGCUGAGGUAAGCAUGGCUACGAAAAUGGCAACCGUUGACAAAGCUGAAGAGCUCCUAGAAAAGCUUCGAAGUGCUUCUUGGAAUGCUGCAGUCCAAGAUAUGGAGGACAUAAAACAAUUUUGCCAAACUCAAGCUGCCCCAGAAGCAAAUGAUUUGAACCAUUGGGACAUCAACUUCUGGAGUGAGAGGCUUCGUGAGUCAAGAUAUGAUAUAAAUGAGGAAGAAUUACGCCCGUAUUUCUCAUUGCCUAAAGUUAUGGAUGGCCUUUUCAGCCUAGCAAAGAUGCUUUUUGGGAUUGUUGUUGAACCAGCAGAUGGUUUAGCUUCGGUUUGGAACAAGGAUGUGAAAUUCUACAGCGUGAAAGAUUCUUCCGGCAGUCCAAUUGCAUACUUCUACUUUGAUCCAUUUUCCCGUCCCUCUGAAAAACGUGGUGGUGCAUGGAUGGAUGAGGUUGUUGCUCGUAGUCGUGUAUUUUCACGAGAUGGUGCCUCUCCUAGGUUGCCCAUUGCUCACAUGGUGUGCAAUCAAAUGCCUCCAGUGGGGGACAAACCAAGCCUGAUGACAUUCCGUGAGGUAGAGACAGUUUUCCACGAGUUUGGUCAUGCACUGCAGCAUAUGCUGACAAAGCAGGAUGAGGGUCUUGUUGCUGGUAUACGAGGCAUAGAGUGGGAUGCUGUUGAAUUACCCUCUCAAUUCAUGGAAAAUUGGUGUUAUCAUAGGGAUACUUUGAUGAGCAUAGCAAAGCACUAUGAAACUGGAGAGACUCUCCCUGAAGACGUAUAUAGGAAGCUCCUUGCAGCUCGAACAUUUCGUGCUGGGUCGCUAAGUCUUCGUCAGUUGAGAUUUGCAUGUGUUGAUUUGGAGUUGCAUAGCAAGUAUGUUCCUUGUGGAUCAGAAUCAAUCUAUGAUGUUGAUCAGAGAGUUAGUAAACGAACGCAAUUGAUCCCUCCACUGCAAGAGGACAGAUUUCUUUGCAGUUUUAGCCAUAUAUUUGCAGGUGGAUAUGCUGCUGGGUACUACAGUUACAAGUGGGCAGAGGUGUUGUCUGCUGAUGCUUUCUCAGCAUUUGAGGAUGCUGGAUUAAAUGACGAGAAGGCUGUCAGAGAAACCGGGCACAGAUUCCGGGAAACUAUUCUUGCUCUUGGAGGUGGAAAAGCACCAUUGGAGGUUUUUGUGAAAUUCCGAGGGCGUGAACCAUCUCCAGAGGCAUUGCUGAGGCACAAUGGGCUUCUGCCGGUCUCCACCUCUGCUUGAGACACGAAUGAUGAAUGGCGAGGAAGUUGUUGUGAAAGGAUCUGAAAGGAAAUCGAAACGACUUACAUCCAUUCUUAUGGUUGUCUUGGCAAUUAGAGCACAAAAUAAAGCUAGUGAACACAUCACAAGUGUACUAAUUUUAUGUGGUUUUUCCUUUUCCAAUUCAUAAUUUGCCAUGCUCGGAUAGUUUGCAUACUGUAAUGUUUCAGCAGCAUUGUAUCUCUUCAUUCUAGAUUUUUUGUUGUGUUUGUUUGAAUUAAUAAGGGGCAUUUCUGGGAUGGUGCACA